GAAUAAUAAUAAUAAUAAUCCACUCCGAGAGAGACGGUGGCAGCGCGUAAAUAACUGAAUUAAAUGGACUUAUACAAUAAAUAAAUGGACUUGUAGAAUUAAUAAAUCGUGUGAAUGUGAAUUGCAAUAGUGAUGUUUGUUAGCUGAGAUGCACAGAUCACAAUGUGGGUGCAGUGGAGCUCAAGUGAUUAAGGCAUACGCAUAAGAAAAAGCUUUCUCUCUUUAAUUUUAAGUGUAAAAGUGCAAGGUAAAGUGAAAAAAAAAAAAUAAGUUAGCUGCUACGACGCCAAAUGACCACUGCGGAUUUGGAUGUGGAUUUGGAGACGUGUGAGCUAAUUCCUGAUGAGGUCGGCUCCAGGACACGGGCCAGGCAACGAAUCAGUUUAAAUUCGAAGCGCCGACGCAGCAAAAUGUCUCGGCGAGCGAAUCUUAUUGGGAUCUGCGGCGUUAGUAGCUUGUGCAUCCUGCUACUAAUAGCCACCACCCAGCACCGUCCAUUCACUGCCUCCUCGUCGUACCAGCAACAAGGCACAGGUGGAGGGUCAUCUGAGAGAGCAGGCGGUGGAGGUUCCAUCUCAGAUGGUGGCCCGUCAAAUUCUCUGAAUCGCAAUAGUCUCUAUGAACGAUUUCAAUCGCAGCUGUCGGUCUCUCAGACGACUGUUUAUAAUCUCACAGCCACCAUUGUCGAUGUCCUGACGGCCCAACGCUCUCGCAUUCUUACCGAAAUGGAAAACUUUGAGUAUCCCCGCGGCGGAGCCGAAAAGUUAAAUGACAUGACUCCCGAAACUAAAGGCACUCCAGUUCGAAGCAUCGUUGUAACCUCUUGGCGUUCAGGUUCCACUUUUCUGGGCGACAUUUUAAAUGCGAUUCCAGGAAAUUUCUAUCACUACGAACCACUCUUAGAUUUUGGCAUUAAGCAGAUACGGGAUCCCGAUGACCAAAUUUUGGCCGUGCAAAAUCUAAAAAAUUUGCUCCAGUGCGACUAUUCAGAUAUGCAGGAUUACUUGAAUUUCGGCAAGACCCAUACGUAUCUUUUUGAGCACAACACCCGACUUUGGGAUGUCUGCCGGGAAUUUCAGCGAUUCUGUUGGCGCCCCGCCUUUCUAACGCAAUUUUGCCGGCUGUUUCCUAUACAAAGUAUGAAGACUGUGCGAUUACGGCUGGCAGAAGCCGAGCAGCUGCUCCAAGAUCCAAGUCUUUCCAGUGUGCGAAUUGUGCUUCUGGUUCGAGAUCCACGAGGUACUUUGCAGUCGCGCCGGCAUCGGGUCUGGUGCGGAGGCCAGAAAGACUGUGAAGAUGCCCGUUUGGUGUGCCAGGAUCUGGUAGAUGACUAUAGAACAGCCGAGAAGUUGCUCAAGCUUUAUCCAUCGAGAUUCAGAACAUUGCGGUAUGAGGAUCUAUCCCUGAAUCCUUACGACAUGACACAGGACAUACUGCAGUUCUAUGGAUUACCCUUCGAUCCCGCAGUUGAGGAGUUUUUGGAUACACAUACUAAACAAAAUAUUGGCGGAGUGAGUUCAACAUAUCGUGAUUCCAGAUCAGCUCCCUUUCACUGGAAACAAGAUCUUAAGGCCGAAGAGAUCAAGGAAAUCGAGGAUGUCUGUGUCGAGGCAAUGGAUCUUUGGGCUUACCGUCGCAUUGUAAACUUUACUAAUUUUGCCAGUAUACAGCAGAAUUUUGAUCCUAUAAUGCUGCCGCCUCCGUUUGCGUGAAGCGCGAACAUCAAAUAGUGUUAACUGAUUUAUCAAUAGCGAUAAAUGAUAACUAAUUCUUCUACUUGGUACAUUUUGUUGUGAUAUCGUCGAAUUGAGCGAGCGUAAAGUAAAUUGAAUCGGAGUAUGUUGAAUGGGAUAAUGCAAAGUCGAUUUAUAUAUAACCGGCACAUCGUAUGCUAAACACAUAAUUAAACACCCUUAACUGAGCAUUAGUUAAUAAUUUACCACAUUCGAUAUACAUAAAAAACAUACAUAUGCAUAUACAUACAUAAAUACAUACAUAUAUAUACGAGAAAAAGUGCAUAGAAGUUAGAAAUUGGCGAACUUUGUGUAAAGCGUAAAAAUCGAAUAUCACAAUUACACUUAGGCCUAGUAUAUAAGCAAUAACAACAACAACAAUAACUGAAAACGUUACCCAUAGGGCAACGUAUGAUGUGGACUUAUUUACUUGGCUUUUUCAUGUAAAACUUUUGUAAUUCCGCUAAAAAAAAAUUUUGCAUAGAAAACCCAGUGAUUUAGUCUCUAAAAAAAAGAGGACUAAGAAAACAAAAAAACCAAAACAUAAAUACAUAGUAAUUUAGACAAAUUUAUAAACAAUAAGAAUGUUUGGCAAGCAAAACUCUGUGCAAUAUUUAAACGAAUAAACUUGAAUUAAAUGAAAUCACGCUAAAACGUAGACACGAAUUUCUGAAAGCAAAAUUAAGCUUAAAUGAGCAACUGGCACUCAACUCCCUAGGAUAAGUUUUUCUAGAUAUACAAUUAGUUUUACAACAAACGAUAUGUAUGAUUAUGGUUAUUUAGUUGUAAUUACAAUUAUAUUGUACUAUAUUUUUUGCCCCAAUUAUACAUUAUUAAUGCUUUAA